AUGUUGGACAGUUUGUUGGGGGUCACCUCUGAGGGAGGGGAGACUUCCAACUCUGCGGGGGAGUUGGAGGCUCCCACCCCUGCGGAGUGUACCGGAGACAGGGAACAGGCUGUUCCCUUGUCUGGUGACUGUUUGACGGGUGAGGCCCACCUGGAGGGCCCAUCCACUUCGGCUGAUGAGGAGGUGGAGGAGGAGUCCACACCACGCCUCAGGCCGCGGGACAGAACCAGGGAAGUGUCGGCACCGUCCCGUCCGACAGAUCCUCUGGUCCCGCAAGAUCUAACUUGCCUUGAGCCGGCGUUGCUCAUCAAGGGACAGAAAGGGGACCCCGAGUUAGCCCCUUGUUUUGUUAAGGUAGGAAAGGAGAUAAGGGGAGCCGAGAAGUUUCUCUUGCAGACGGGGGUGUUGCACCGCAGGUCGAGGGAGAGUGAUGGGAACGAAGUGCUACAGGUGGUAGUGCCUCGGGAUUUAAGGGAAGCCCUGGUGCUGUUAGCACAUGUGGGACCUCGGGCUGGACACCUGGUUGUUGGCCAAACUCUCGCCCGCCUGUGGGGCAACUUCUGGUGGCCUGGUAUGGCCGGAGAUGUUAUGGAGUUGGUAAAGGGCUGCCACACCGGUCAGAUGGUGGGCAAACCCAACCGGAUUCCCCCUAUGGCACCCCUGCAUCCUAUUCCCGCUGUGGAUCCUUUCACCAGGGUCCAGAAUCAGCUGGUGUUUGGGCACCGGGUGCGCGGUCCGUUGGACUUAGCUCGGGAAGCCUGGAGUGCUCCCCACUCGGACCGCCCCGAGUUGCCCUCGAAGAGCGAGUUAAGUACUCGGGAAGGACUGGUGAAGGCGCUGGAAGUUGCUCCGCACCAUCUUGGAGCUGCGUCAAAGAAGAGAAGGAGAUACUAUGACCCGAAGGUCAAGUAUUAUGACUUUGCCCCAGGGGAGGAGACCACCGAGGUUUCUGGCUCGGAUCUGGUGGUUCCCGCAGAGCACUGGGGGCAGUGCGGCGUGCUGCUUAGGGAGAGGCUGCAGUACCUGGAAGGAGUGCAGAAGAAGUUUCACUGUCAAAGUGAAGGGGUUAUCACUGGGGUGAAGCCUAGGUAUAAGCGUGAAGGCUCUGUUUAUUCCAUCUGGAGCUCUAACCGCGACCAGAUUGAGGAACCGCUGAACGUCCCCCCUACGAAACACUUUGACACUUCUGCCGAAAGACCAGAGCAGGCUCCCGAGGCAUGUGUGAACGCUGCUGAAGCAGAAGUACAUCCUGGGUGCACGAAGGGUCUGCUUCCUCGUGAAUUCCAGUCUGAGAAUUCCUAUGGCCGUGGGAGAGGACAUGGCCGUGGAAAAGGUGUGCUUGGUAAGAGUGCACAUGGCAGGUUCCUUUUAUGGACCAUGCCGGGGAAUAGGCCUGUUUCGUGGUCGAGAGGGCCGAGAAGAUGGUGGCCGACUGCUUGUUGCGGGCCAGGGAGUCACUCUUGCUACUUAAAAAUUUUUGAAGUCUAUAAGACUUCCAAAAUUUUUCCUUUAAGGGUGGGCGUGUUGCGGGCCCCGCCCGUUACUGUAACAUCGUCUCGGGCCGAUGUUAGUCAAACACCGUGGAAUGAGCUGGGUGUUCUCAUGAGGAAUGAGGAUUCCCUGAGAGCGAGAGAGGAAGAAUGUCUCGAGCCUUGUAAGAGGAGGUUUGACUAG